CUCUCUAGCCCCGAGGGUGGAAGAAGAAGUGAUUGAAAGAUCUGAUGAGAGGGACACCCAGCAUUUCGACGGGACCAGAGAGCAUUCUGCCAUGGCAGCAGGAACAGAGGGUUUGGAAGGCAUAGUUAUGAGUCCCAGUCAGAUCAGUAUGAACGUGACUGACACUACAGCAUGGGCCACUGCGAUGAACAACCUGGGGAUAGCACCUGUUGGACUCACUGGCCCACCACUGGUAUCAGACCCCAUCUGUGUUCCAGCAUUUGACCACGGCCUUGGCUUAAUGACAGGAAUGGCACCGGUUAACCCAAUGAUGACCGGCAUCAGCCUGCUCCGACCGCCAGUCCCUCCAGGGUUAUCCGUAGUGAAAGAAAUCAUCCACUGCACCAGCUGUACUCUCUUUCCCGCCAAUCCAAAUCUGCCCCCUCCAGCCACUCGUGACCGUCCACCCGGCUGCAAGACGGUGUUCGUGGGCGGCCUGCCAGAGAACGCUGGUGAGGACGAGAUCCGUGAAGUCUUCGAGCAGUGCGGCGAGAUCACAGCCAUCCGCAAAAGCAAGAAGAACUUCUGCCACAUCCGUUUCGCCGAGGAGUUCAUGGUGGACAAAGCCAUCUACUUGUCAGGCUAUCGAAUGAGGCUGGGAUCGAGCACGGACAAGAAAGACACAGGUCGCCUGCAUGUGGACUUUGCUCAGGCUCGCGACGAUCUAUAUGAGUGGGAGUGUAAGCAGCGGAUGUUUGCCCGGGAGGAACGGCACCGGCGCAUGCUGGAGGAUGAACACCUGAGACCACCCUCUCCUGCGCCGAUUGUACACUAUUCAGAGCAUGAGGCCAGCCUCAUGGCUGAGAAACUCAAAGACGAGAGCAAGUUCUCGGAAGCCAUCUCGGUGCUGCUGGCCUGGUUUGAACGGGGAGAGGUGACCCGUCGCUCGGCCAACAAUUUCUAUUCCAUGAUUCAGUCCGCCAACAGUCACAGCCGGAGGCUGAUGAGUGAAAAGGCGGCCCACGAGCAAGAGAUGGAAGACGCCAAGGAGCGCUUCAAAAACGCUUUAGCGCGGAUCCUGACUGGAUUUGAGCAGAUUGUUGCAGUGUUCAAGGCUGCCUCGAAGCAAAAGGCUUGGGACCAUUUCUCAAAAGCUCAACGCAAGAACAUUGAUAUUUGGCGAAAGCAAGCUGAGAACAGCAAAUGGCAAGUCUUUCGAAACCCAACUCCAACCCACUGUGAACACCCACUGGUCAUAUUUUAAUUACAAUGGAUUUGACCAGACUCAGAGACCUCUCUGAAGAAGUGAGUCUAUUAUUGUAAUAGUUAAACAAGGCUUUGCGCCUUAUGUUCUAGCAGCAGUUUAAAAAUAACACUCGGUGGGCCGCUCUUACUCCUUGUUUGUGUGUUUGUAACGCUUCACAGAAAGUUGGCUCACUAAAGAAAACAGAUACAAGCUUUGGAGAGCACUGCGUGUG